AAUUUUAAGUGCUAAUUGAAUUUUUACGUCGUAAAAUUGACAAUUAUUCUCUAUACAUCAAUGUGGAAGAAGUUAAACAAUAUUUCUGACUGUGUUGUUAGUUUAUGUUUUUUUCUAAAAACGUGGUGCACGGAUGACAGAAUGAUCUGACAACCUCCUUGACCUGUGGUCAAUUGUCAAUUGCUGUCACCGCAGGGGAUCGUUUUGUUUUUGUGAGCAAUUUGCUAGCAGAUAGGAUUAAAAACUGGUUUUUAAACACUACAAGAAAAUUAUGACUAAAAAGCAACAUAAUUAAAUCAAGUGAAUACAUAUCAAAAUCAAUCAACUUUAUCUGCCUCAGACCUACAUGUAUAACCUGAAAAUGCUAAAGGGAAAAGGUCAGCUGAAAUUUGAGGAUAAGUGGGUUCAUAUGCGCCCCAUUGUUUUGAAACUUCUGAAACAAGAAGCGGUGUCUCAAGCUGAGUGGCAUGAUCUGUUUUAUGAUGUACAUUUGGUAUGUCUUUGGGAUGAAAAGGGGCCUGCAAAACUGAGGGAUCACCUGCAUGAAGACAUAGUACAAUUCAUUAAGCAGGCUCAAUCUAGAGUAUUAGCUCAGAGAGAGGAGGAAGCAUUGUUAAAAGCCUAUAUAGCUGAAUGGAGGAAAUUUUUUACACAAUGCAACUAUCUACCAACCCCUUUUCGACAGCUUGAAAGCAGUCUUCAGGGCAAGACAACAUCUGCCAGUUCCAGUAUGCAAGGUAGCAACAACAAACCCAACAGCAGCGAUGAGUGUAUUGUUCGUAAAUUGAUGCUCGACAGUUGGAAUGAAAGUAUUUUUAGUGAUAUUAAACAUAGAUUGCAAGAAAGUGCUAUGAAAUUGGUGCAUGCUGAAAGGAAUGGAGAGGCUUUUGAUUCCCAAUUAGUUAUAGGCGUAAGAGAAUCUUAUGUAAAUUUAUGCUCCAAUCCUGAUGACAGAUUAGAGAUAUAUAGAGAAAAUUUUGAAGCAGCUUAUAUUCAGAGUACAGAAAUGUUUUAUAAAUUAAAAAGCAGUCAGUAUUUGGCGGAAAAUGGAGUACAAGCUUAUAUGAAGUAUGCCGAUGCUAAGCUUAAGGAGGAAGAGUCGAGAGCCCAAAGAUACUUAGAAGCUGGCUGCUAUGAUGUUAUUCAAUGCUGUGUGAAGGUGCUAGUGCAAAAUUCGUUACCAAUGCUUAUUGCUGAAUGUGCCCCUCUUAUUAAAGCAGGAGAAACCGAUCGACUACAACUAAUGUUCAGGUUACUAGAAAGAGGACCAUUAGGAGUGCAGCUAAUGUUGCAACAACUUGAAAGGCAUAUUAGUCAAGCUGGAUUGGCUGAUAUGGUCGCUGCUGCCGAUGUAAUCACGCAGGAUUCCGAAAAAUAUGUGGAGCGCUUGUUGGAUCUAUUUAGGAAAUUCAGUAAAUUGGUUCAUGACGCCUUUUCGGACGAUCCUCGAUUUUUAACUGCAAGAGACAAAGCAUUUGAAGCGGUAGUUAAUGAUACAACAGUAUUUAGAUUAGAAUUGAGUAGUGGACGAAAUGUGGCAGGUAAGAUGGUCACCCCUGAGAGUAAAUGUCCAGAGUUAUUGGCCAAUUACUGCGAUUUAUUACUUAGGCGGACGCCCUUGUCGAAAAGGCUUACCAGUGAAGAAAUUGAAACGAGAUUAAGAGAUGUGUUACUUCUCCUUAAAUAUGUAUCGAAUAAAGACGUUUUUAUGAGAUAUCACAAAGCUCAUUUAACUAGGCGACUUAUAUUAGACUCCAGUGCAGAUAGUGAAAAAGAAGAAGAUAUGGUUGAAUGGUUGCGAGAAGUGGGAAUGCCAGCGGAUUAUGUAAAUAAGCUAGCAAGAAUGUUUCAAGAUAUUAAAGUUAGUGAGGAUCUGAAUGCCCUAUUUAGAACGUCGACGGAACGACAUGAUGCGAUAAAUAUUAAAAUUUUAAAUGCAGGUGCCUGGGCGAGAGGAUCGGAAAGAGUUACCGUUAGUUUACCCGUGGAAUUAGAGGAUUAUAUUCCCGAAGUUGAAGACUUUUAUAAAAAGAAACAUUCUGGUAGAAAGCUGCAAUGGUACCAUCAUAUGAGCAAUGGAACUAUUACGUUUGCGACUAAUGGCGGUAAAUUUGAUUUGGAUGUGACGACUUUCCAAAUGGCUGUGCUUUUUGCGUGGAACCAAAGGCCGACUGAUAAAAUCGCUUACGAGAAUCUUAGAUUAGCCACAGAGCUUCCUGAUGGUGAACUUCGAAGAACCUUAUGGUCCUUAGUAGCAUUUCCAAAGCUGAAGCGGCAACUGCUUCAGUUUUAUCCUUCUGUAAGCGCCCCGAAAGACUUUGAUGAACACACUGUAUUUUGGGUCAAUCAGGAUUUCGCUUUGAUCAAGAAUGGGAAGCCACAGAAGAGAGGAAAGGUAAAUUUGGUGGGAAGACUGCAAUUGAGUACCGAGCGGUCUCAAAUUGAGGAUAAUCAAUCUAUUGUACAGUUGCGCAUUCUUAGAACACAAGAGGCAAUAAUAAAGAUUCUUAAAAUGAGGAAAAAAAUUACAAAUACAGCUUUGCAAUCAGAGCUGGUCGAUAUUUUGAAAAAUAUGUUUUUGCCAUCGAAAAAAAUGAUCAAAGAACAACUUGAAUGGUUGAUAGAACACAAAUAUAUGCGCAGAGACGAUGACGAUAUUAAUACUUUUAUUUAUGUGGCGUAAAAUUGAUAUGUUACCAUUAAGACUAAAACAAUUGUUACUAAGAGCGGAUCUAAAUUGGACGCAACUGUUAAACAAUAAACAUGAUUUAGUCAAACAUUUACUUUGUAUUUAUAGAUUAAUUUAUUUACUUGUAAUGGCGAAGAAAUAUUUUUAAGAUGUGUAUUCAUUUUUUUAAUUUUCAUAUUUUGAAAGUUAUUGAAAAAGAUGGAUUCAAAUAAUUUAAAUACUAAGUUAUGAAUUUUUGAUUAGAAAAUUAAAGUGGUGAAAUCAUGAUAAGCCGAAAAUGUUAACUGAACAAAGAUGGUAUAUAAAACUUAAUAACUAUCAGAAAUAAAGGAUCUUUCAGAAAUCCUUGCAAA